ACGAGUGUCGGCACCUGGAGUAGUGAGUGCCGUCACCAGUACACCUGUCCCCACACACCAGGGGGAGAGACAGUGCCAUACACUUACAGGACAGGGAUCUGCAAGGAAGUGUGGAAAUACCCCGACUUGUGUACUGUUUCUACAAGCGUCUAUAGUUGAAAUCGAUCACCAUGUAACGCCAGCCGCACCCGCUCGGACGCAAUGUUUACGAUCCGUGCCUUGAGGUCUGUGUGUGCGUAGCUACCACGCCCACACUGUGUCUGGCCUCUUCCCUACGCCCACGCCUCUCUCCCCACGCCCACGAUGGUGCGUGUCCUGGUGGUGCUGAGAGGCGGCUACCCGUGGGGGUUCCGCAUGCAGGGAGGUGGAGACAAGCCCCUGAUAGUGAGCAAGGUCACCUCAACUGGGAAGGCGGGCGGCGCGGGCGUGCGGGCGGGGUGUGCGGUGAAGGCCAUCAACGGCACGCCCACGGCCCAGCUCUCACUCUCCCACGCCCACGCCCUCACCAAACAGGGCUCGACGCUGACCCUCGAGAUCGACGAGUGGGGCCACCAGACGGGAUCUGCAUACUCCAGUACUGGCCUCAACUCCAGUGAGGAGCCACGAGUGGCAUCUCUCUCCAACAACUCCCUCAGCUCCUCCACCUCCACCUCCUCUACCGUCGUCGCCGCCAACGGCCACAUCUCCUCCAGACGUAGAACAGAGAGUGGCAGUAGCGGAGAGCGCGGCAGAGAGCCUCGGCCCGACGACCACUCCGACAAGGACAAAUCAGAGGACUCCUCAAAUGCAACAGUCAUCAUCCUUGAGACUUAUGGAGCCGACCCUGAUCUCCUGAGAAGCGACCAAGAAGAGGACUCCACCGACAGCGGGACCGAUGCCACUCAAGACUUCUCGCUAGAUCCCAGUGAUUCCUCCCUCAACUUAUCCAACAUAUCAGGAACCUCAGAUCUCGACUUCGGUACAACUUCGCGGGGCUCAAACGAAAGUGACGAGGGCAGCUCCACAGACCAGGGUUCCCACACAGACACCUCAACCGACACCCUGGUCGCCGACGACUCCCAUUUCCAGACAAGUCGUACCGACCAAUCAGAGGAGGCAUUCGUGGAAUACGACCGGGCAACGGGUGCGUUUAUCGAGUAUCCGGAAACACGUGUAACAUACAACGAACAGGGCCGUACUUCCGGUGGUCUUGAAGACCACACAGGGACCUACGGGACGUACAGAGAACUUGACCAAACAUUCGGCGUCUUCGUAGAAUACUCAGCCCUAAAGGAGACUUACCGCGAGAAAGACCUGAUCACAGGUGCACUCAUAGAGUACCCGAACGAUAAUAGUGACGACGAGAGACUCACACGGACCCCGACGUUGGAGGAUUCGAGUUUCUUCGACGAGAACGGCGACUCAUUCUUCCUAAAUUUUGAAGAAGAGUUAAAACAAGUGGAAGUACAAUAUCCCGAUUUACGAGCCGAGCACUUGUUGAGUAAUCAAGAGGAGGAAGAGGAGGAAAUAGAAGAGGUUCCCUUGUGGUUGUAUGAGACAGCCAAGGAGGGAGCACGGUACUCCACAAUCCCCGAGGAAGGCGAGGAAGAGGAGACAGUUGUGUUGGUGCCACCAGGGAAGCUGGAGGCGACGGCAAUGGGACAGUACUACUCCAGUGCCUCUGGAGGUGGGCCCUCAGGGGGCGAAGUGUCGGGUUCUUUAGCGUCGUCGCCUCGGUCUUCAGAAGAGUGGAGGAUGUCGAUGGCCUCCACAGCUACGGUGGCAUCCACUGGCACUGCAGACUCAGAUGACACUCUUGCCAAGGACAUGUCGGAGCUCUCGUCUGUCAACUCGCGGCUCUCCAGCCUCGACGAAGCACACGACGAGAAGAAAAGUCCUCACAUAAGUCAGUCUGUAAUUGACCCAAAAGCCACAUCUAAGGGAACGGCACAACCUGAUCACAAACGACAGACGAGCAUCAAGGAUGCAAUUGAUGAACUUGAAAGCAUUGAACAAGCAGCGCAAACAUUGCUUCAGAAGCGCCAGUUCUCCACUGAGGAUGAUCGACCAACGCUCGUCACCGCCACCGACACGCCAACUAUCCACCCUUACUGUGCUAGUCUUAUCAAAGUUAAUCCUAAUGAAAAGUUGAGUCCCCAAUCAAAGCGGAAAGUAUUACCUAACCUUCCUGAGAUAUCCGAAGGGAUAACUAAGGAAAUUUCAGCGAUGAAGCCUGACAAGGAGGUACACCUUCAAACAACAGAAGCCUCAACUUCUCCAAUAAGUUUGGUUAUUAAUGGGGAUUCAACUGCAAAAGGGGCAAAAAUGGAGUCUGAGACCAGAUCAGAAAUCAAACCCCCACUGCCCCCUGCAGCAGGGAGUCAUUCACCUAAGCAAGAGGUGAAGCGACGGUUCUGGUCCAGACCUAAGGAAUUACAACCUUAUAUAUCGCGGGAGUCAUACAAUGAAGAGCGUAUACUGAAGGAGCUCGAGAGACUUCGGCGGAGCUAUCAAGAAGGGGAUUUAAACGACUUCUUAGACGCCCUAGAAAACACCCCUUUUUCUGAUGACAUUGAAGAGGCUUUCUUGCGUCAGUUAUUGGUGGAUAUCGGUGAAGAUGUUGAGGGUUUGCCACAGGAAGUCGAGGAUUCAGCUCAACCACAGGAAGAGACACAAGUGGAGCAGAUGGAACCUUCAGCGAAGCCCAUACACGAGGUCCCAACAGAAUCUCCUCGCUCUUCCUUAACUGCAGGAAAAUUUGAAAAAGUGAAAGAGAGAAUUGUGAAUAUUAUAACAGUACGCAGAGCAGGAAGAGUAAUAGAUACCGGAAACUGUGAAAAGACCAUUACUCCAAAAGAUGAUACCAAAACCUUAACUGAUUCACCUGAGGAUUCAGGUCGUUCAGAAACAUUACAGUCCAUCAGCCCAGUAACUCCUCAAUCAUUAAUACCAGACACAACAGAUUCCAAAUCCAGCAGACCGCAGACUCCAGAUGUCACUAAAGAUGAUGGUAAGAAAAGUUUCAACAUCGCCGACCUCCUGAAGAAAGGCUCACCAAAGUACCUCCGUAAAAAGUACAAGGAGCGAAAGAAUCGUAAGUCGGAUCUGAUGACCACGUCAGAAAGCGAGAGUGAAGACCCAGACGGAAGCAAAAAGGAAACUGGCUACAGCAACUCUACCUCUCAAAAGAAAAGUUCAUUUACAGAAAGUCAAUCGAGCCUAAAAGGAAGUAACAGAUCCUUAAAUUCUUCACAAGAACUCAAAAAGGAAGUUCGGUUUGAUCUUGAUCCGGAUGGGCAAAGGAAAGGGUUGGAAGAAUCUUCAGGUAAAGACACAAAAACUGAAUUCGUGACACCAAUGGUAGUGGACAAAGUGGCAAAUCACAAGUUUUCUGGUCCUCAGAUGAUAACAUGUGAAGCACAGCUACAAGAAACUAUUAUUCUGAAAGAGUUUGAAGAGACAACUGAGGAGAUUGAGAGUGAUGUGUCUUUCACGCUGCCGGCCAUGGUGGAGGACAUCAACAGCCGAGCUGAGACUUUACUUCCCAGGCUUCCUGAGCGGGUUAGACCUCCAAGGAAGAAGAAGAGGUUUAUCCCUGCCCCUGUUGAGGAGCUGAGCGCUGGAGACCUUUCUGUUGGCGUGACGUCGCCCGUCGCUUCGUGUGGAUCACAAAAAGGCGGAGAAUCUAACACUGAAUUUUUAGUAAUAAAUACAGCAGCCAAAGAGGAAUCUCCACCGCCCCUUCCUCACUAUGAAGAACUUAUGGAUUUGCCAAAAACUACACCCAAGUGUGUAGAAGUUGUUGAAAAAGCCAGCUACGAGGACAUAACCUCGGUGGCAAAACAAGAAUUUGUUGACAGUACGGUUACCAAAGGAAUUAUUUCAUAUACCAAAUCAUCUCAACAAUUACCAUAUGUUGCCUGCACCACUAUUAUGACACAAGGCCCCAGUGCCGCUGCAACAUUGUCUACUCCUGUCACCAGUGCUGCACCGCCACAAACUAAUGAUUCCACUUUUGAUACUUUUGAAGAGUCCCUGAUUGUGGACACACCGCUGUCUGCAGUAGAGUCCGUACCUCCAACUUCAACACCUGCAGACUUUCCAACAACCAGCGUUUCUACCUCUGUUGUUGACGUGGAGGUUCUGGUGUCGCCAUUAGUUGUGACUACCGUAGCUUCUAUAUCUGUGGCCCCUGCGCCAGAGGAUGCCACGUUGCUGAUAUAUCCGGCAAGGACUUUGCCCCUUCCUGUGAUCCCCGAAUGCCUCCAGGAAGACCAGAUGUCCAUCCCCACGCCCAGCGAACCUACAGUCUCCUUCAGUAGUUAUGGAGGCUCUGCACCAACCACUCCGUACGAUGAGGAGGAAAAAUUACCUUCUCUUUACGACAAUGUCAAUCCAUUCGAGGAGAUGUUGGAGCUGGAAAACAAACUGCUUCAGGACGAUGCUUCAGAGCCUUCUACUGUGACUAGCACUGCUUCGGAACCUCCUAUUUUGACUAGCGCUGCUUCGGAACCUCCUAUUUUGACUAGCGCUGCUUCGGAACCUCCUAUUUUGAUUAGCACUGCUUCAGAACUUCCUACCGUGACUAGUACUGCUUCGGCACCUCCUGUCGUGACUAGCAUUGCAGUAGAAAUUGAAGAGGAGACAACGAAAAUAGAAACAGUUAUAGUUUCUCAGCUCUCGAAGGAUGAGAAUAAGAGUAACCAUUUUGGUCUUCCGCAGGAAGCUUACAAGAGCCCUGACAUUGAGAAGAGUGAAGUGGUGGAUAUUGAUGCACUAGCAGCACUGACUGUUGAGAUGUUCAGGUUUACACAAGACAUGGAUAAAAGCCUCCCACGGGAGGAAAGCAAGCCAGUCGACAGUUAUACAACAUCAGCUCCCAAAAUCAGUACUGCGCAAAAUACUUGCAAAUCAUACAUUAAAUCGACGUUGCCUACAGAGACAGCCAGUGGGGACUCGGCCACAGGGUGUGAGGUGUUACAGUCCUCGACCACAAUGCCUGGAGGCGAGGUAUCAAAAACUAAGCUUUCCAAAACACUCUCGCCCAAACAAGGUGAAUUAAAUAGUAAACAAACUAAAGAAACAGUGACCCAGACUGAGCCUGCCACCGCCCCUCGGCCCGUGGCUGUGAAGGAGAGAGCCACAAGCAGCACUAUAGCCAUACAGACUGAUGACACCAGGUAUGUCCUCAUGUCCGAGGCCUCCUCCCAGACUGACACCGAAUAUGAAACAGACUUGGAAACCGAAUCCGAAAUGGAAGAAAACGCGACAAACACAUACGACGCUAGCAAGUGGUUGUUCGGGCCGAGCAGAGACAGCAACCUUCCGCUGUCCACACCGAGAGAUCCCCAGAUGCAGGAGCUGCAUAGGCAACAGCAAGCGAUGAUACUAGAACUGCAGCAGCAGAAUUUGAUGCAAGAGCGAAGACAGAAGGAGAAACCUGAAGUGCCGCCAAGGCAGUUUCAAGAGAAGAUGCCCCUGAAGGUCGUGAACGAGUUGAAGACUGUGUUAUCUGAGGUGGAAGAAUCCGGCCCCAGGUUGAAGAAGGUCGCCGACCCGCCCCCACGCCGGGACACUGACUUCUCGUGGAAUAACGAUGAUCUGGCAACUAUCCCCGAGGAGGUGGUGGCGCCCAGUGCCAGGGCGGUGGGUGGGAUAGACGCGAGGCAGCAACCACGACACCUAGCCGACCCAUCCAUCUCCUCUCCACUCGACAAGCUCCAGGCACCGACCACCCAUCUGGAGAUCCCUGCUAAGCAUGUUAAAGCUUUGCAGGAACUUGGUCUGGACGAGUCGACCCUUCUGAGCGAGAUCGAACAGAUUCUCGGCUUCGGUUCGCUGUCUCGGAACCGAACGGAGAAACCGACCAACACAACUUCCUCCUCCUCUUCUCGGCCGGAUUCGUUCGAAAAACCGGUUAAGUUGGAAAAGCCGAACGAGAGGAAGCCUGGCGGAGAGAAGCCACGUGUUCCGGAACGCGAUUCGAGCAAAGGAGUCUGGUCCCCUGGGAGGAGUGAGGACGAAGGCACCAGAGCCUCUGGACCAUCCAAGAUCGACCUUCCAGACCUUCCGUCCUUCAAGGAUCAGCCUAGCGUGUGGAGCCCCGGCAGAGGCCAGAACAACACAUCAGGGUACAAUAGCCGGAUACACGACCCCCGCCCUGAUCACCCAUCUGGACGCGACCCUUCGGGGAGCGCGAGUCCAAGCCUGGGACGUAAGGAGUACCGGAAAAUUACGUACGACGGCCCCAUCACGCCCCAGAGACGUCCCUCUCAGGAGGGAGUGUCGACGCCCCGGCCGGAGGAGAGCUUCGCCUGGAAGGACAUCAACGUGGAGAAGGUCGCCCGCUCCCCGACCUCCACCUCGCUGCCCAAGGUCCAGAACCCCACCGUCACCCUCCUUCAGAAAAAGCGAGAUGACCCGCAUUCGACCCCAGAGGGUCAAAUUCCCGGAAAGCGACCAGAAUACCUGAAGCCUGAUGACACGGGCCCGAAAUAUAAGCCGGACGACAAAUUGUACGUCAUCAAGAGAGAGUACGGGUCCGAGGACGAAGAGGGGGGACGUCGCUUUGCUGUCCUGGGGCCGAAGAAGGUGCAAGGCGUGGGCCCCACCACUAACGACGGGGUCCCCACCACACUCAAGUCGGGUGUGAGAUCAGAGCAUCAAGGAGAGUGGUACAGGAGGAUGUUUGACUCGCUGCAUAAGGUCAAAGAUGACGACCACAUCAUCAUCAAAUACAAAGUCCCCAGAGCGCGGUAUGGCGGCUACCUGUCGGAGCCUGAAGGCUACGACUCGGACGUGGGGUCGUCCCGCUAUGCCACCCUUGACCGUCGUCGUCAGCACCACUUCGAGGUCGACCCCAUGACCUCCAGCCUGCCCAGGGACUACAACAGCAUCGAUCUGGACCCCUACAGCAGGAACACUAGCCGCUACGUGCACCAGCCGGGACGCAUCGAGGACUACGUUCCUGGGUACUCCUCGCUCUCCGAGAAGGAACUUAAGAAGAACCCGGAGGCUGACGUUAAACUAGAGUCCCACUCACAGGAGCCGCCGCCCGUCUCCGUCAAUCAUAGGUUCGGGUCACAGAAGAUGUCCAUGACCCAUGCUCUGAAAGAAUCCGGAUACGAGAGCGACAGUACCUUAGUCUUCAGGAAGCGAGAGGACGCCCGCCGUCAGAUACCCGACCCCAGGAAGACCAGCCAGGUCUACCGUCAGAUCCAACGAGGAGGUGACAUACCCUUCACAGGACUCCAGAAAGCCAACCCGCCCAGGCCCAGAGAGCCGGUAGUGGGUCCCCUGCCAUUCCCCUCCCUGUACGGGGGUCGCCAGGAGCCACCUGAACGCCCAGAAUCGCCUUACAAGUAUGAGUCUGGGGAGGUGAACAUCCACUAUCGUACCCCCGUCAGGAUCGAGCAGAAGGAGUCAAUCCCUGAGGAGGAGUUGGCUCGCCGUCAAGAGGAACACAUGAAGAAAGUUUACGAAAACGAGAGACGCAAAAAAUACUUGGCGGAGCUGGAAGACAUAGAACGCCGAAGACACACAGAUAAUUUUACACCAUUACAGAAAUCCCCAAUUCCUCUGAAUCGGUAUGAUGACGAGAGCAGUCUGGGCACUAUGCGUGGUGCCAGGACGCCAGAUCUCAAGCAAGUUGCAAAGGCAUUAUACAACUUUACUGCACAAAAUAAAAGGGAGCUAACAUUCAACAAAGGUGACGUUAUCUUCAUCCGCCGACAGAUAGAUAAGAACUGGUACGAGGGAGAGUUUAGAGGAUCAGUUGGUAUCUUCCCAUGCAACUAUAUUGAGAUUGUGCCUUAUGAAAAUGUUAAGACAUUAACCAGGAAACCAACAGAAGGUCAGGCAAGAGCCAGAUUUAACUUCCAGGCUCAAACCUCUAUGGAGAUGUCCCUCAGUAAAGGAGAAUUGGUUGUUUUGACCCGGCGUGUUGAUGAAAAUUGGUAUGAAGGGCGGAUAGGUAAUCGAAAAGGCAUCUUCCCUGUUUCUUAUGUCGACACUUUGGUAGAACCAGGCAGUGAUAGACCCAGUGGUGUAUCAUUGCCAGUGACUCCCAGCUCCUCCUCGCCCAUGCCACGGCCCGCUCUGCCCGCUGCUAAUCUACUCUACAAUGGUGCCUCGACCUACUCCAGCCCUUACUCCACCUUGGGGCGACCGGGAAGUCAAAAUGAUUCUAGACCCUACAAUCAAUCCCUUACUGUCAACACCCAACAGGAACCUGUAGCGUACCGAGCGCUAUACAACUACAAACCCCAGAACGAUGACGAGUUGGAGCUUCUGGAAUCGGAUAUCGUAAUGGUUAUGGAGAAGUGUGAUGACGGCUGGUUCGUUGGCACUUCUCGUAGGACUGGUCUCUUUGGCACCUUCCCCGGAAACUAUGUUGAGAGGGUCUGAAACAAAAAGAAAAUAGCCUUAGGCCCAAAGCUUUGUCCUCAAAUCAUAAAAUAUCAUGAAUUCCUGUGCUAAGUCUCAUCCUGGGGCCUUUAGUACAUAUUCAGUCCCAGAACAAAUGUUUUUUACAGUGUUUAUAUGUUUAUCAACUUACCUAAGUUUAGAAGACCUAAUGAUAUUGUAAAGUGGAUGUUGGGGGUACAGUACAUGGAAGUUAUCCCCGUGACCCAACAACAGAAAGAAAAAUUCAAAUGUGACAACAAUUUAUUUUAUAAUAGUGUGUUUGGACUGGACUGGGAAAACUAAGUACCACAGUGUGAAUUCAGGGGUCCUUGUUAUAUGAAUACUGACAGGUAUAGUAAUCUAAUUUUUGUCUUGCAUUAAAUAGUUUCCAGAGUAUUUUUCUGAAUGCUCCCUAUAUGUUAUCUGGUGCAUAUGGUAAACUAAAGAUAUGUGGUACAGUACUUUAACUUACCAUGUAAGACUGUUAAGGAGAAUCCAGAAACUAUGCAAAUUAAUUAAUGUGAGAUAUGCCCUGGUCUUUAAUAAAACAUACAAAUAAAUUAUAUAUAUAUAAUAAUAAUAAUAAAAUAUACAAAUAAAUGAAUUAUGCUUACAAGGACAAAUUUUUGUGCCAAUCUGAUAAGAGUGAAGAAUUUGAAGACACUACUACUACUACUACACUGAAAAAUAUUUUUGUGAUUUAUAUAUGAUUUACCAUGCACUGACAAUCUAAAUUUUGUUACCUUUCAGUCUUAAUUAUUUUCCACUAUCUUUUAAACUUACAUUAACCUGGAAGAAUGAUGCAUGUAAAGUGCGGUUUCCUUGUCCAUUAUAUAUAUGCGAAUCAUAAAUCGUCCAUGUUUUAUGCAUAAGGCACACUGGUGCUGAAGAAAACCAUUAAGCCUGUGCAUUUGUGUAUAUCAGAAGUAGCAUAUAUAUUUGUGACUCUAUUGAUGUGAAUGCAAAAAGACUGCAUUUUCCUUCAGUAUAGAGGCUAAUCUUUGUCAAACUGGUAGUGAACACAACAUGAGAAUUUGUUCAGGUUUUGCACGUGUCUAGUCACACCCAAAGUGAAUUUAUUGAGGGAAAAAAUUAUGUAGAUGUCUUGUUACCCUCUGCCGGUGCUUUCUUCUGAUGUAACAAUCCACUAUGAUGUACUAAGCUAAGGUUUAUGGAGCAAACAAGACCUUAGGCUGCGCACAAUGCAAAGCAUGAUUUUACUCCACAAACUUUGCCUAAUUUGUACUAUUUCAAGGUUUUCUUUGAAAACAAUUUGUAUGUCCUUAUACUGCUCCUGCCUUUCUUGCCUUAUACUAUGUACUUCUUUAUUAUUUUUUUUGUUUAUUCACCUGACUUUAGGCAUUGUGAAUAUGAAAUAAUGUAUGAUAUCAAUGCCCUUCUCUGUUUACAGUAAAUAUUAUUUUUAUCACCUCGUACAUGUCUUCAUUCUUUUAACUUAUAUAAAUAUGGCUAAGUGUAUAAAUAAAGAGAUUAUUUGAAGUGUAUAAAUGCAAGCAUUAUUGAAGAACAGUUAAAUCCUGUUGUUCCAGAGUGACAGUGAAGGGUCCAUAACAGUGACAUGAGAACAGUAACUGUUUAAAGCAAAGCUAUUUCCAACCUCCUUUUGUUGAUGGUAUUGUACAAAGAUGCUUUUAUAAUUUACUUAUUAGUAAUUAAUUUUGUAUAUUUUCUUUUUUUUUUUAUUCAGCACAACAAUCCACAAAUGGAACUUUUAAAUAGUAUGUUUUGAAUAUUUCUGCUUUUAUGGAAACAUGGACCCCAGUGUAUCCCACCAUUUACCUUUCUGGGGAAGACAAAGGCAAUGUGGUCAUGGCCAUUCAUGAAAUGAAGCAAUCAGGUUCUUAUAAACUUUUAUAAAUAAUAGUAGCAAGGGAUCCUCAACUGUGAAAUGAUUAACAGAAAGUCUUUGCUACGAUGAACUCUGCCUGUGCUUCCGUAUCAAUCUUCCUCUGUGACUUGUUACAGCCAUUAUUUUAUUACCAAGGUUAAGUGCUGUAGGCAUUUAAGAGUUUUAGCUUUGCAACAAAAAUUUACAAUGUAUUGUAUCAUAGUUUUUCAAUGAAAUUGCUGAUGUGUUUGCUUGUGUUUGUUACAAUCUAACAUGUUCAACAGUAAUAUAGCUAUGAUAUUUUGUUAAGGUAAAUUCAUGCAUUACAAAACAGAGAAUUAGCCUUAAUGAGGUAUAAUUUUAAAGCUUCCUUUAUUGUUAAACAUGUCACAAUUUUCUAAUAGAAUUUAGUUUAACAAGGCACACUACACUAAAUAGAUUGAAUGAAUGAUGGAAAGCUUUGCCUCUACCACCAUUAUACAGAAUAACAGUUCUGGAGUUUUAAAAUCAAGUGCCUUUUUAUGGUAGACAAUGUACUGUUUAGAUCAGAGGAGUUUGCCUGUAGCUGUCUUACCUCACAAUGCAUUAUUUACAUUUUAGCCCUGUCCUUCCCUUACAAAAAUUGGGUUGUCAAAUAAACCGAAUCUCAUCAAUUAUCAGAAGAGGGGGGUUACAUGGGCUUCUUCACUUCAGUAUAAUUCUUUCCUGUUAUGCACAAUUUACUUUAGCUAAUCAUGUAGACUAUGAUAAUAAAAUGGAAGAAUAUA